AGCACAGAAGCUGGUGGCUUCCGAGUCCCCCCGUUGUGGCUUCCAAACACCGCGCCGACUUUCCGGCCAACCCACGUUCCGAGGUUCAUCAAGAUGAAUCAAUCCGAGGAGGUGAUGGCAGCCCGCGCCAAGUUGGCUCAGAAGUUUGACGCUGUGCGCACCGGUGGCAAGGGCACCACCCGACGUCGAAAGAUGGUGAAACAUCAGGCCAACUCUGCAGAUGAGAAGCAACUCCAGGCCCAUUUGAAGCGAUUGGGCCUCAACAACAUCCCAGGUAUUGAGGAGGUGAACAUGUUCACUGAAGAUGGCGGCGUGCUUCAUUUCAAUACCCCGAAGGUCCAGGCCGCCGUGGGCGCCAACACUUACGUGAUCAGUGGACAGCCAGAGAACAAGCGUUUAGAGGAACUCUUGCCGGGAAUCAUCAAUCAGCUUGGAGCAGACAACUUGAUGAAUUUGAGAAGAAUCGCUGAAGGUUUCAAGGCGGCACCUGAGGCUCCAGGAGGUGACGACAUCCCCGACAUCGGUGAGAACUUUGAAGAGGUCAGCAAGCAGUGACCGUGACGACAUCGACGACCCACGACUAGCGUGAGGCGAGAAUUUUGAAGAGGUCAGCGCGUUGUGGGUUUGUCUGAAAAUACCCCGAGUCAUCC